GAGAGAGAGAGAGAGAGAGAGAGAGAGAGGCUGUCUGGUCGCUUCCGGCUUCAGACGCACAGACAAACAGCGCUUUACUACGAGCACAGUGGUGUCGAGCAGCACACAUGACUGACAACAGAAAACCUCCCCAAGCAACUAUGUAUCUGGCGAGGCCGCCGACAGGCUUUGAAGUUGUUGUUUUUUCCUGAGAGAAAAGACUCUUUUUGUUUUUGUUUUAAAUCUUCCUUUUUCUUCUUCUUCUGUGGAGGAGGUGGAUUUUUUACUUUCGUCUUUUUCUUUUUGGUGAGCGUCGAACAAGUUCGUUUGUAUAAAAAAAAAAAAAAAAGAAGAAGAAAAGAAGAAGAAGAAGAAGAAAAAAAAAAAAACCAAAACCCAACUCAAGAGGAGCACGUUGUGUUUCUGGUGCACAAGGAGCCGGGUCGUUGCGUGUUCGGACACCGACCGAGAAGAGCCAUCCUCUCGCAGUGUGGAUCUGCUGACUGACUGCUGACUGCUUGCUGACUGCUGACCGAAUGCGGACGACACACUGAGCGCUGUUCUCCAGACCUUCGCUCCGGGGCACACUGUCAGAUGUGUACCCAGCACUCGAAGCCCCUGGCCUGGCCGCGGGGAUGGCAGCCUCUGCCCUGAACCUGAACGGCCUCGGAGUCAUGAACAGCAGCAACCAGUUUCACACCCAGCCAGGCUCCUCUAGCGCCACCUCUCGAUCUAGAACCGGCCCCGUCGGUCGACCUGUGCUGCCGGUUCCCGAUCGGAGCACCUACUCUCAGUUACUGGUUGGCGGAGCGCCGGGUGGAGGAGGUCUCUACAGCCCAACCAGCCCGAAGACGAGUCCUCGGACCCUGGGUCGAACCUUUGUCUUCCCCCCGUCGUCCUCGCUCUCCCCCAGCCCCGUCCACCUCGCUCGCUCCCCAUCCCCGCGGAGCCCCGAGCUCCUGGGGGUCAACGUGGGCCAGAGGGUCCGACGACUGAGCUCGCCCGGCGGUGAGGAGAGAGGGGAAGGAGAGGGGCAGGAGGAGAGGGCAGGGGAGACGGCCGAAGGAGAGAGGAGGGAGGAAAGGAGACGCCAGGCGCAGCUGCUGCAGAUACACAGAGAGCUGCAGAACGUUGAGGUCCGGGGAAAAGUGGGCAUUUUUGAGGCCCACAUUUCCGGAAUUCGUGCCCAAGUGCUCAACACUGAGCUCCAGCGAAGCCCUCGCUCUCCACGACGGUCGACCAGCCAAACCCCUUCUCACCCCGGCCAACCAGACGCAGCCCUCGAAUGCCCAAUGACUCACCCGCGAGAGAGUAGAGCUCUCUGCGUUGUCCAAAAUGGAAGAGAAAGGGAGGAAGAAACUACAGAGGGAGAAGGGAGAGACAGAGGAAGGAAAGAAGAUGAAAGGGACAACAGUGCUACAAAAACAAACACAGAGAACAAGACACCGAUGGGUCAAAAUGGCUGCCGUUCGGAAACAACAGCGCAAACUCCCGGCUUAGACGCAGCGUCUGUCGUUCGGGGUUCCCUUGAGACAUUAAACCCGGUUGCAACGACAGACGGAGAGAAGAAAGGGGGAGAAAAAGACGGAGGGGAGGUAGAAAACGGACCGAUGUCGGGAGACGAAAGAGAACGGACAGAGAGAGAAGUGCGAGAGGAGAGAGAGGACCGGUCGUGUCUUGAGAUGCCGCUCCAGACUGAGGUUAACCCGGAAAUCGACGCUUCUCCUCUGACUCAAAGCAUGGAGAGCCUCCCUUGUUUGACGGACACUGAUCACACCACAAACCACUCUCCUUGCGUCCCUCCCUCCAUCCCUGCGGUCAUCAUCACUGACCACGGUCUGGAAAGCCAGCCUCCCACUUCUGAAGGCCCCGGCUCAGACCAGGGAUUCGGCUGCAGCCCGAGCUCGAGCCCUGUCCCCGGGCCGAACUUCUCCACCCACUCCCUCAGGAAGCUGUCGUCCUCUUCGGCCUCCUCGGCCGGUUUCUCCUCGUCCUGGGAAGAGUCGGAGGAGGACAUUUCGAGUGAUACGGAGAAAGGGGAGCAGCUUCUCGACCCGGCAGUGCUUACGUCUCAACAGAAAGCACACAAGUCUUGGAAGAAGAUUAAGAACAUGGUCCACUGGUCACCGUUUGUCAUGUCCUUCAAGAAGAAAUAUCCCUGGAUACAACUGGCUGGGCAUGCAGGGAGCUUCAAGGCGGGAGCCAACGGACGCAUAUUAAAAAAACACUGUGACUGUGAGCAGCGCUGCUUGUCCCUCCUCAUGCGGGACGUGCUGCGCCCGUACGUCCCCGGUUACCACGGAGACGUAGAGAAGGACGGACAGAAAUACAACCAGAUGGAGGAUCUGCUGGCCGAGUUUGACUUCCCCUGUGUGAUGGACUGCAAGAUGGGAGUGAGGACCUACCUUGAGGAAGAGCUGACCAAGGCUCGUAAGAAACCCUCGCCGAGACCCGACAUGUAUCAGAAGAUGGUCGAGGUGGAUCCUGAGGCGCCCACGCCGGAGGAAAUCCGCCAGAAAGUGGUGUCCAAACCCAGAUACAUGCAGUGGAGAGAGACCAUUAGCUCAACAGCCACCCUGGGAUUCAGGAUAGAGGGAGUCAAGAAGGAGGACGGGACGGUGAACAGAGAUUUUAAGAAGACAAAGACAAGAGACCAAGUUACUGCAGCCUUCCAUGACUUUGUCAAAGGAAAUAAGGACAUACUGAACAGUUAUCUAAGCAGGCUGAAGGAAAUCAGAGACACUCUGGAGGUCUCCCCAUUCUUCAAAACCCACGAGGUGAUCGGCAGCUCCUUGUUAUUCGUUCACGACAGCAAGGGAAGGGCCAAAGUCUGGAUGAUUGAUUUUGGGAAAACCACACCUCUCUCCGAAGGGGACGAGCUGACGCACCGAGCACUGUGGGUAGAGGGCAACAGAGAAGACGGUUACCUUUCUGGACUCGAUAGUUUGUCGGACAUCAUUUCAACCAUGUGGAACUCUGAGACUUGAGGUCUCAGAGCUCAAAAAGAAAGAAAAUCCAAGUGAACAUUUGGACACGCAACCACCACAUCCAUUCAUUCUUCCUUUCUCCCAGGAACACUUCCUCAAGGAUUCCUUGUCCUCAUGUCGGAGCACCGCAUAACAAUGCGUUGGCCAAACCCAUUCAUGGACGCAACUUUGCUAUUAAUAUCGCGCGGAUUUCAGUUUCUUUCUCUUUCCCGAUUAUUUCCUACCUUUUUACUUAAGGAAAAACAGCAGAUUGCUUUCAUCCAAACCGAAGUGGAAAGGCUGGUGAUAUUUAAUAUUUUUGUUAUAAAACAGAUUCUAUAAAAAGACCAAAAACAGUGAUGUGUUUGUUUGUCUCGAUAUUUAUCCAUUCUGUCUGUGGCUCUCAGCCCCGAGCCCAUUUGUUUUCCUGCUGAAGACGUACAUUAUUUAAAGAUGGAUUAUAUAUAUGUGAAUACACAAAAUCAUUUUCUAAAACAGCUGCGCACUGUUGCUUUUGACAAACAUUACUCAAACAGGAGGAAAUUGUUGUGUUUUGUUCAGGCGUAUUUUCAGACGCGGAUUAAUACACGUCUGGUGUGCUCGUGAACGUUUGGGAUUCAUCAAACCCAACGGUGCCCAUGUUGAUUGUAAUGGAUGAACAGUGCGACAGUAACAAUGUGGCUCAUUAGGAGCAGGAAACUACAUCAGUUUUGGUCUUUUUUUGUGGGAUGUGUUGAUAUUAAAAAUAAAGAGAUGAAGAAGAUAUCUCCAAAAUGAUCAUUUAAAGUCACUAUGUGUGGAAUUUGAACAUUUCUGACUUUGAUGAUAAAUAAAAAGACACUUUCAGGGCCUGAUCAGACAGAGGACGUUUUGGCAGGUGUUUUUGUUGUUGCUGCAGUUAAAAAAAGAAAGCAGCGCGAAAGCAGCGCGAAAGCUGCGCGAAAGCUGCGCGAAAGCAGCGCGAAAGCUGCGGUUCACUUACAUUGAAACCACUUCAGCAGAAAGCUACUAAAUUGUGCCGUCUGUCUGUUCAGGGCCUGAAGACGCUGUCAUCACGUCAGCAUUGUACAUGUAGUGGCUUUAAAACAUGCAUGUUAUUUGACUUUAAAGGUCUCGUUAAACAGUUAUACUCAUUUGUAACUUAGGUCUAUCUCCAUUAAGUUAGAUUGCAUAUCUUCUUAAGUAUAUUUGAACUCAAUUUUAUUUGGAUUUCUCAGCACAUUGGUCCUUUCUUUUAAAAAUAAUCUGCACGUGAUACUAUUUCCACUGCUAGAGGUUGUUCGGUUGAGUGUGUUUACAGUGGAAAACAAAACUAGUCUUUUAGCGGUUUUUUUAACCUCAGUUUAAUAAGUCGUACUCAGAAUUCAGACACUGUAAGUUGGUCACGUUUCCUCCACAAUAACCUGGCAAUUAUGUAGAGCUAAAUUAUUCAGGUCAGAGUAGUUGUACUAUGUUAUGGAGGGUAUUGUUUCAUAUGUAACAUAUUUGCAGCCAACAUGGCGUCCAUGGUACUUGCCUGGACAAACACUUCCCACCCUUCUCACACUUUCGUUGGGAUUGUUCACAUUGUACAAUGAGAUUUAUUAUGUUUGAUGUAGUUUUUUUUUGUUAACAUUAUUUUGUGUACUGAAAUCCUGUGGAACACUUACAGCCAUGAACAAUCGUAUUUAAGCUAUACAGUGCCUUGACAUUACAAAGCCAAGUCAGACAACUGAAAAUGUGUUCCUAUUUUAAACGUUAUGACUUUUAUCCUAGUCUUAACUGUUUCAGUGCGUAGUCUCGGGGUGCAUGUUUUAUUAUCCUCUUAAAGUUUGGGCUUAAUUUGUAUUUCAUCCUGUUUUUAUUUAUGACAUUAUGUUAUGUUUUUUUUUUUGGUGAAAGGAAUACUGUGACGUUUUGAAUUUUGGGCUGUUACGUUGCUUCGUCUUCAAGCAUGUGUUACAGUAUGAGUGAAAGUCAGGCAAAAACAUCGGACAUGUCGAUAGAAAAGACGGACGGUGUUCAGAACACAUUCAUUUAGAAAGGGGUCGGGAAAAAUAAUAAAGGAGGGAAAAAAACAUGUCUCGUAAAUGUAACCGGUUCUUGAUGAACAAUAAAAACUAAAUAGUAUGUAGAAUUCAGUCUACCAUAUAUUUAAAAUGCAACGGUUUUCAUUGAUGUUUGCAGUGGCAGUAGACUUGCAGAAAGAGACUGAUUAUAAUUCCACGCAGUGCCUUUUUAAAGAAGUAGUUCAACAUUUUGGGAAAUAUGUAUGCUUAUUAGCUUUUUUUGCAUUAAACAAGAUGAUUGACACCUC